CGCACUUGCUCUACUGUGACGUCACCCCGGCCUAAUAUUUGCGGAGUGCAGAGGUGUAUCCGGAAAAGAGCGAUUCUACAACAACAGAACCCAUGAAUUUCCUUGGUUUUUGUUCCCGUGACACAAGUUUGUGAGAUGGCUUCUGUAAGUCGAUGGAUGCCAAACACAGUAACUCGAAAUUUUUAUUUGGAUCCUGACGAUUUGAAUGAUUCAACUGACAGCCGACAACAGAUCAAUUCUGACAUUCCACCCACGAGGAGAAGGGACAUUCUUUCAUUCAAACGGUCUCUUUCGGACGACAAGGACGGCGCGUCAGGUAACGACAAACUGGGCACCAGGAAGGACCUCGCUAUAAGAAGCUCUACUGAUAAGUUGAACGGAAAUAAUUGUGACGAUAAUCAGGAUAUAAAUAAAAUGGGUAAAGAUACAUUACAAAACUCAUCUCCGGAUGAUGGUCCCCCAGGAAAUGUAAUCACAAGUCACUUACGGCAUGUGCAUAGUAAUCCCUUUUUUCUAAACUGUGGAUUGUCCCAUCCACACGGAAAAAUCUACGAUGAUCAACAGAAGCGAAAAAAUUCAUUACAAGAUGAAAGUGAUUUAGAAAGUGGUGCUGAAUAUGGUGUUAAUUCAGGAUUUGUGAAUAAACUUCGGCAAAAAUUUACAUCACUCAACCAAAGGGAGGCUAGUGUCAAUCGAUUUCCAGCAAGAAGGUUUGCUAGUGUCGAGAAUUUGUUGGAAACUUCUGAAAAGAUUUCAUUUCAGGAAAGGACACGACCCUUCAGUUCUAACAAACCCAAAACACUUAAACAAGAUUCGAACUAUGUUAGGAAUAAACCUGAUUUGCCAAAACCACCCAAACCUCCAAAAGCAAGGCCUGAAAGGAAAACAAGUGAUUCUGUGAUUGAACAAAAGCAACACAAACCUGUACAUUUAGAACAUGAGGCACCGGACAUUAACAAAAUAGGACGGAAUGACAUAAUUAUAAUUGAACACCCCAAACCCACGCCAGUCCCAGAACCAGCAAAAGACGAAGAAACCCCAACAAAAAUGAAUAGCAUCAAGGCUCUGAAAGACAAGAAAGUUCCUGAUGAACUACCAAAGCCAAAUACAGUUUCAUCUUUUCGGUCCAUGUUUGAAAAGAACAAUUCAUCAGUCUCAAGGAAACUUCUUCCAGACGCUCCAAAAAUAGCAGCUCCAAGACCAAGUAAACCCAGUAAAUUGAAGGUGAAUCGCAAGGAGGCAGUAGAGGGUUCUCCCCUCUCUUCUCCCAUCAGCAAAUCACCAUCACCAGAGGUGAAGAAAGAAUCAUCCCCAGAGGUGAAGAAAGAAUCAUCGUCAGAGGUAAAGAAAGAGCAACCAAAGUUUGUGGAAGCAGAGAAGAAUGAGAUGCUAGUAAAACCCAGCACAUUAAAGGAGCGAGCCCAAGAAACACCAAGAAUUCUGGAUUCACCAGUUACCAGAAAAAAGACCUAUCCUGAAAAGAAAUCAAUUUUUGAUUCAGACUUCAACAUUAAAUCUGAAGUUCAACCCAUUGUAAGAAGUAACUUACAGAAGAGUAAGGUGGAAACAACCAAAGUGACCUCAUCUGAGGCCAGCCCUGAUCAAAGUGUAAAAACUGAAGAAAAAAUAGUUGUGAAAUUAAAACCUGUUAACAUGGUUAAUGAUAAAAAUUUGCAGAAUGAAAAAAGUAAAAGCCCAACAAACAAAGCUGCGAAGAAUAAUGAGUAUUUCCCAGGAAGAAAAGAAAUAUUUGAUUCCUCUAUUAUUCCCAAAAGUCCAAGACAAGAAUCCAAGGAGAAUUUGGUUAAUACAGUUAAUGAUAAAACUAGAUCACCUUCUCCAAAAACAACUCUUUCUGAGGAAAUAUUUCCUGGAAGGAAACAAAUAUUUGAGUCCUCCCAGAUUUCUCCAAGUCCCAGAGUUCCCAACAACAUGUCGAAGAAAAAGCGAGCCCCUAAACCACCAGCAAAUUCUCUGUCUGCAACAACUGUGAAAAGUCCUGCUCCAUCCAUGCCUGUGGAAAAAAGUCCUGCCUCAGUGGUCAACGAUGCAGUCAAAAUCACUGUGGUUGAUCCUCCCUCUGUAAGCAUUUCAAGUGUAGUGCCCGAGAAGCAGGAGUCUACAAAUACUGUGUCCAGUCUCCAAACCUCAACUCCCACAACUCCACGUACUCAACCAAAACAGAUUACAGAACUCCCAGAAUCCUCGCCUGCUCCCUGGACAACUCAACAGAAAACCUCCACCAAAUCAAGUAAGGUGGAAAAAGAGGAGAUUAAAGAAGGAACGGAAAAAGUUAGCAAUUUUACUCCCAUUGAAGUGUCUUCAAGUAAUGACAAUACCCCUACAAGGGGUUUACCCUCAGUGAUAGCAAAUAGACUAAAAAAGAAUUCGAAAAAUGCUUCCAGCAACGUGGAAGGAAAUGAUAAAGCUGAGUCCAGUGACGAUGACGAUGGUCCACAAAAUCUGGUAAAACCAAGUCAGUUAAGAAAUAAAGCUUUUGUCAAAGUCUCAAACAGCCCCUCUGUGCCAAAUACACCAAACUCAGUUAGUCCCAGUGAAUCCCAAAACUCAAACACUAAUGUGCCAGUCAGAAACAUUGAAGAUCUCAUUCGAAAGAAUCGAGACAAGCCCGCUGCCCUGUUUGACUCGAGCAGCAUUGUGCCCAAAGUCCAACCCAAAGUGAACGGAGUCCCUCCCCUGGACCUCGGGGACCUCAUGACUGAGGAACAGAACCACCCAUACCAGGAGGGCUACAUCCCAACCAAGAUCGGGCCCUGUAACAUUGUGUUUUUAGGGGCAGGCGUCAGCCUUGAGACUCAGCCACUGAAGAAGAGCAGGAGUGGGCAUUCACUCCGUAUUCAGUUUGACGAUAAGGCACUCUCCACCCAUGAGUAUCAGUCUGAGAACUCCGCUUUGGCGCAGUAUCUGGAGGAAAAUCCACACGAAACAGAAGAGGUAGUUAAGGAGCAAGUGGAAAUUGAGCAGGCAACACUCAGUAUUGAUGUGGAUAGUACGGAAUCCAGCGACGACGUGGAUUCGCCACGGGAGUCAUCCACCAUGAAAUCCAACACUGCCAUCGGAACGGGUUCAGGAGAGCUUAGUAAUUACAAGUCUAAGAUCCAGGUGGCAGAAUUUCAGUUUGGACAGUCCAUGAGGGAGGUGGAACCUGUUACACCUGCUCCGUAUCAGGAGGUCAAUCCAGGCGAAGGUGACCUGAUCCCUGCGGAGGACGAGAGCUCUCAAAACUUUACUGAAACUGAAAACCCGGAUAUGUUGUUUUAACCGUUAAUUACUGGGGGCACUUAACCUCUCCCCAGCUUUCUUGUGUUUUUGAUUUAUUUGAAAUCUGGUGGAGAUCAACUUUUUCUUGGUUCAGUGUCUGAAAUUCAAAGAGGGAUCUGGAUCGGUAGAAAAUCUUUGCUAGUGUUCAAUUGGAUCAGAACUUGUGUAUACAUGUGCGCAUGUGCACAAAAAAUGUGCUAGUUUGCGAAUGCAUUGAUGUGCUUAAUUUUCAUAACAGUUCAUACACUGUACAUCGGUCUGAAAAAUGUAGUAUUUAUUGAUAAUAUUUUCAUCAUUUAGUGCUUUUUUGUCAGACUUUUUUAAUUUGGUGUGUGUGACUCUUUGUCUGAUUAGUUGGUAGCCAUAUUGAUUUCAGGACACUGAAAAUGACGGAUUGAAAAAUACCCAGAAAAACGGAGACUUUAACAACAGAAAAUAAAAAAUCUUUAGGACAUCUUGUAACAGAUGGUGAUAAUUAGGUGUUUGUGGGGUUGCAUUUGUUAGAAGCAUGUAUCCGAGGAUGUUAGAGCCAAAGAAAAGAAAAAUCAUUAUAAUCUCAUUGUAAGGGUACCCCCCUUUUCCUGUAGGUUUAACACAAACUGUGAACUUCAAACGAGAGUUUCCAUGUUAAUUUGGAAAUAUAGAGCAGGUCUCUACCGAUGUAAAUGCUAGUUUGCUUUUGCUCAAAUUAGCUAAGCAUGUAAACCAAAAACUGUGUAUAUGAGAGCUGCUUAUUAUAAUCACAUUCCAAAGCUUUUUGACCUAAGAAUGUUUGGUGAAAAAAAAAAAAUUAUUUUCUUUAACUUUCAUUAGCUUUGCAUUCCAAUUUUUUUUUUAUAGAAAAAUUAAGUUUUGAAUUGUUGUAUGUUUAAUAUAUCUUAUUCUAUAAAUCUUUGUUGCUCAUGCUCAAUAUAUAUAUGUAUGUUAUCAUUUUGAUUAAUUUGUUGAUUUUUACAAAAAGAAAAUUUUCCAGAGAGUAAUUUUUACAUCCUAAGAGCUUUUUUAAAUAAGAUAAUGCAAUAUUUCUCAAUGCUAUUGUAAUAUGUGUGUGAUUGAUGCCUAUGGAGGGUUUCUUUUCAUGUACAUUGUGUUAAAUGCCUUUUUUAUAUAGUUUGACAAAUUGCAUUCAUGUAGUGUUUUGUGAUAUUUCAAUAUUGAUCUGGUGUAAUCAUUGUUAAUGUCAGAUUGAUCAGAUGUAUAAAGGUUUGAUCAAAUGUUUUGUUGAAUUGAAAGAGGAAGGGGAAAAAAUGUGCAUGAAAUUUAUUUCUGAACACGAUUUAUUUACUUUUAUUGUCAGAUAUGCAGAUACGGUAUACAGAUUUUGAAAUUGGCAGAUAGUAAAUAUUUGAUAACAAUUGAAUUUCUCCUGGUAAGGACCAAGUCACUUAGGAUAACGUUUUUAAAAAAUCAAUUUUUGAUAAAUGUAUGUUCUACAGGUGACAUUUAAAAAAAAAAUGUGCAUGUCUAAAGAUGAUCUAAGCCUUAAUAUUUAAAGUAUGCUGUACUUUUUUUAUAUAUAAAAAAUUUUUUUUAGGCCAAUAUAAAUUUCAAUCUUUCAUUAGGUAUUAUGUAUAAGUUAAUAUGAUUCAAAUGCAUUCCAUUAAUUUACAUAAAAGAAGUACAUGUAAUUAUAUUCAAUUUGUUUAUUUUGCAUUGCCAUGACCUAAUAUUGCAUUCCUAACAACAAAAAUUGCUUUUUUAUUGUACACUGUAGAUUAGCAUUUACAUAAUUUUGUUUCAGUAUGGACUGACGAUUGCAUUUGUAAAAACAUGUACAAGAAAAUGGUUUAUUCUGUUGAUAUUCUAUGAAAGUAUUGUUGGAUUAUGCUUGGUUUGCAUGAUUGUCAAUUUGGAUCAUACCUGAAACAUAUUAAACAAUUAUAAGCAUUACGCUGUAUAUUUAUAUACAUGUACUUAUAUUAUAGUUCCCAUUUACAUUAAUACUAAAGAUAUUCAGAAUCCAGAUAAUUAUUUUAGUCUCCUUACACUAAACUAUAAUGAUGAUAACAGAUUUAUCUUUAGCAUCAGAAAACAUUGUGUUCCAAUUAAAACUGCAACGUUGCAUUUAUACGAAAAAACGUAAAUGUUGCAGCCAUACACUAUGUUUAGAUGGGCAUGAUAAGUCAUGCAGUAACAAGUGUUGAUGAAUUGCUAUUUUUUCUAUGAGUAGGAAGAAAUCCAUUGUCUUAACUAUCCAUUUUCCUGUCUCUCAUAUUAAACACAUUCUCUCAUACAAGGUAAAGUUUGCCUUGUGUUGUCUCUUUACGAAUUGGAGUUAGGUCCCUUGGUAGAGCACCAUUGCUUUGUUAUGAUUGUCUCUGUAAAUUUCGUUUAUGUCUUUUUUUACUCAUGCGAGCUUCAGAUACUCGAGAAAAUUGUCUCAUUUGUUGGCUAUUUGUUGUGAGCUCUCAACUUUCCGACAGAAAAAAAAUACAUUCUAUGCAAAAAUUUCUUAGAUGGUAGGAAGUACUUAAUGUAGUUUAGAGUAUAACAGGAAAUUUUGCCUUGUUCAGUAUAUGGGGCACACUCUUAAGUGGAGGUGUGACUCACUUUACUGGAUUUAAUGUUGUCUCUUACUGGGUUAUGUAGCAGGGAUAUAGCAGAACACACGUCAUGUCGAUUUCACCCAAAAUAUUUUGAUUUUUCCUUUUUUGUUUUUUUUUUCCCUCUGUGAUUUUACCAAAUUUUUGUUAUUUCACAUUAAAGCUUGCAUAUGUUUUAUCAUUUUGUGUAUCAUAUAUUUUUUCAGUAAAGUCAUAUAUAUGCACAGAAA